AUGAAAAUGGUGCAAUUCUUACUUUGGCUGAUUGCUCUUUUAUGCAAAAUCUGUCCAGGACACACUUGGGUGGCCAGUAACUUUCUGAUGACGGGACCUAAGGCCUAUCUGAACUACGCCAGGAGCGUGCAGGUGGGCGCUCUGAGCGGGAUUGAGGAGUGCAAGCAACAGUUUGCGUGGGAUAAAUGGAACUGUCCGGACAGCGCCACGCAGCUCAAGGGCCUGAGACGCGCCACAAGAGAGACUUCCUUCAUCCAAGCCAUCAGUGCAGCGGGCGUCAUGUACACUCUGACCAGGAACUGCAGCCUGGGAGACCUGGACAAUUGUGGCUGUGAUGUGUCAAAGAACGGGAAAAUUGGUGGUCGUGGCUGGUUGUGGGGUGGCUGCAGUGAUAACGUGGAUUUCGGGGAGAGGGUCUCCAAACAGUACGUGGAUGCGCAGGAGACAGGGCAGGACUCCAGAGCUGCUGUCAACCUGCACAACAACGAGGCCGGACGACUGGCUGUGAAGGCAACAAUGAAGCGCAUCUGCAGGUGUCAUGGCAUGUCGGAGAGCUGCAGCGUCCAAACCUGCUGGACGCAGCUGUCAGAUUUCAGAGAGACCGGCAACUAUUUGAAGAUGAAGCACAGACAGGCCCAGAAGCUUGACAUCGACAAGAAGCGCAUACGGGCCGGCAACAGCGCGGACAGCCGCGGGGCCAUCGUGGAGGCGUUCGGCAGCAUCGACAAGACGGAGCUCAUCUACCUGGAGGACUCCCCGGACUACUGCAGGAGGAACGUGAGCCUGGGCCUGUAUGGCACCGAGGGCCGGGAGUGCCUGCAGCACGGGGACGGUCUGACCCAGUGGGAGAGGAGGAGCUGCCGCAGGUUGUGCCAUGACUGCGGCCUGAGGGUGGAGGAGAGGCGCACGGAGGUGGUGAGCAGCUGCAACUGCAAAUUCCACUGGUGCUGCAAGGUGAACUGUGAGGACUGCUCCCAGGUCAUGGUGAAACAUGUGUGCGCCCGGAGGGAGGCUGGGGACGGACACGGCUACAGACGGAGACACCGUGUACCCAAAUGAACACAUUAAUCCCAUGAAUGCGUUUUAUACGUUGCAGUUGUUUAACCUCUGUUUGCACUUUUUC